UUAUUGAUAAGAAGUGAACAACUCUAGUUGUAAAAUUUUCCAUUUUAGAUAAAUUUUCAUUUUGAGCACCAAGUAACAAUUUGCUUUACCCGCGAAUCGAAGUUUCCAGCCUAUUCGAUCUUAGCAAUUGUCGGACCGAAAGUCAUGGACGCUAAGAACAACAUAAAGAACAACAGAGAAAGUGCUUCAAAAGACCGACAGAAAGCUAAAGACGUUCGUCUCUCAAAUAUUUCCGCUUCUAAAGCAGUUGCUGAUGCCGUUAGGACAAGCUUGGGUCCAAGAGGGCUUGAUAAGAUGGUGCAGGAAGAAGCAGGGGACGUUCUUAUCAGCAACGAUGGAGCUACAAUUUUGUCGAAAAUGAGAGUGGAACACCCUGCGGCAAAAAUGUUGGUGGAUCUUUCCAAAGCGCAAGAUAUCGAAGCUGGAGACGGAACUACGACAGUGGUCGUGAUUGCAGGUUCCCUUUUAAGUGCAUGCCUUACUCUACUUGGAAAGGGAAUCCAUCCUUCUCUGAUAUCUGAUGCUUUUCAAUAUGCAGUCGAGAAGGCAGAGGAGAUUCUCGAUAAGGCGGCACAACCUGUCGAUGUCAACGAUCGUACAGCGGUGAUACAAGCUGCAGCAACUGCCCUUAGUUCAAAGGUUGUCUCACAACACGCUACGUUAUUAGCCCCUAUUGCGGUUGACGCCGUUACCAGGAUCGCAAACUUAGAAGAGCCAGACGCCAUAGAUUUACGCAAUAUUCGAGUGAUAAAGAAAUUGGGAGGAACUCUAGAUGAUACGGAGCUCUUCGAGGGUCUGGUGCUGAAUCAGCACGUAAACAAGAGUGCAGGAGGAGUGACCAAAGUUGCUGGUGCCAAAGUUGCUCUUAUUCAGUUUUGUUUAUCUGCACCGAAGACAGAUAUCGAAAAUAACAUUAUUGUGCAGGAUUAUUCAGCUAUGGAUCGAGUUCUCCGUGAAGAGAGGCAGUAUAUUUUAAAUCUCUGCAAGAAAAUCAAGAAUACUGGUUGCAACGUUUUGUUGAUCCAGAAAUCUAUUCUUCGUGAUGCUACAAGCGAUCUUUCUCUUCAUUAUCUUGCAAAAAUGAAAAUAAUGGUGGUUCAGGAUGUUGAAAGAGAAGAAAUUGAGUUUAUUGCCAAGAGUCUCCAUUGUGUACCUAUUGCGGGAAUCGAUAGUUUUGUUCCUGAAAAGUUGGCAAAAGUUGAUCUUGUAGAAGAAGUUUCAGUUGGGUCGGAGAAGAUGGUGAAAAUGUCUGGCAUACAAGGCAAACAUAAGACAGUUUCAAUUAUAGCUCGUGGCUCCAACAAACUUAUGUUGGAUGAAGCAGAACGCUCUCUUCACGAUGCUUUUUGUGUGGUUCGUUCGUUAUUUAGGAGACGUUUUCUAAUUGCUGGAGGAGGUGCUGCCGAAACUGAAGUGGCUGUAGGUCUCAACAAAAUUGCCAAGACAUUGGAAGGUGCUGCUGCUUUUUGUGUAAGAGCUUUCGCAGAUGCUUUAGAGGUUAUUCCGUAUACUUUGGCCGAAAAUGCAGGUUUACCUUCGAUAGAAAUCGUGACGGAGUUGAGGAAUCGACACGUGCAAGGAGAUAAGAAUGCAGGGAUUAAUGUCAAAAAAGGAAACAUUAGUAAUAUGGUUGAGGAAAACGUCGUUAUGCCACUUCUUGUGACAGUUAGUGCUUUACGACUCGCAACAGAAUGCGUCCGAAUGAUUCUUAAGAUUGACGAUAUUGUGAUGACUCGCUAGGCCAGUUCUUUCGGAUGCAUCAUUCGUGAUAU